UUUGGCUUUUGAGUGAUAUACAAAAACAGAAAAGAUUAGUAUAUAUAUGGUCAUAUAUGGAGAUACACAAACUCAUGAAACCAAUGGCUUACGUAUUACUUUUGGUACUAGCGGCGAUUCAUGCGCAUAUCCAAGCCGUUGCUUCAAUCUCAGAUACUUCUGAUGUCUCAGCCGUCCAUGAUCUGAAACCAAGUCCCACCACAGGAACUAAAACAUGUUGGGAGAAAUAUUUACCGGUUUGGCGGCGGGAGCUUAAAAGCAGCGGUGGCGGUGGCAGUAGCGGUGGAGGAGGUCGUAGUGGCGGAGGUGGCAGCAGUAGUCGAGGCGGAAACAGCGGUAAAGGCGGCAGCAGAGAUAGAAGCGGUGGCUCUGGGAACGGAGGAUCUUCAAAUCAUGGCGGUNACAUUAGAAUUGGAGAAAAUAAAAUAUUUGUGUUUUUGUUGUAG